AUGCUGUCGUUUCAUUCUCAAGACGACAUCUGGGACAUCUACGCACCACUGAACGCCCUUUCCCGAGUCGAGGAGAAGGGACUGCUACCAUUCGAAUAUGCUUCGGCAUCACAUCACUACAGGAUGCAAAUUCUUGUAACUCGUAAAGAUCACACGAAUGUGCUGACAAACGAGGUUCUUGAUGAACUCUACGACAUUCAAAAGAAACGGGUAUUUCUUGGCUAUUCGCUUGGUGAUCUCACAUUCUAUGACGAUCAACCGGAUGAGAUUAAAGAAGCACGACUAUUGAUACUUCAUUUUAUGGUCGACACGUCGUUGCCGAACGGCAAGCGAUUAGCGGCCGAAUUCGAGUCGAAACUUCGACGAGUUUUUGCUGCGCUGUCCGAGUCGUCCGCCGACCUUCUGUUCUCAUUGUUGAGCAGGGAACGAGAAAUCGAAGAACAGAGAAAAAUCACUAUCACCUCAAUUCCGUACCUUGGCAUUACUGUGCUUGUGCUCAUCACUUUCAUGUUCCUUACUCUUAUCGAUUUUCCACUUUAUAGAAGUCAAUACAUGGAGUCGUUGGUUGGUAUAUUCUCGCCAGCUAUGGCAUUGUGGACCAGCUGUGGCGUUCUGUUCUGGAUCGGAUUCCCGUUCACGAAUAUCCUGACGGUGGUUCCAUUUCUGGUCGUCACAAUCGGCAUCGACGACGCGUUCCUUCUGCUGGCCGGAUGGCGGCAAUCAACGAAAUCUGCACCGUUGGAACAACGAAUGGCCGAGUCCGUCUCCAUUUCCGGAGCGUCCAUUACCGUUACGUCAGUGACGGAUAAUCAUAGAGGGAAUGUUCUCAUCAAUGUCUCUUCAGAUGUGUUGUGUUUUGCAAUUGGCUUGUUCGCUAACUUACCGGUCGUACGACUUUUCUGCCUUUUUACGACAGCAGCACUGUUUGUGGAUUUCGUUUACCAAGCAAGUAUUUAUCUUACGUUUUUUACGGCCGUGAUGAGCUUCAUCGUCCGGCGACAACAUCAUUUCGAUCAGAAGAUCAGUGAACACAAAGUUCAGGUUGGCUUGAAACACUAA